CUCCCCCCAAGGAUUUGUGGCCAGCUGAGUGGGUCUGCAGGCCAGGCUCCCCACGCCGACAUCCGCCAUGAGCGAGCUGGAGCAGUUGAGACAGGAGGUGGAACAGCUCCGGAACCAGAUUAGGGAUGCCAGGAAAGCAUGUGGCGAUUCCACGUUGACCCAGAUCACAGCUGGCCUCGACCCAGUUGGCCGGAUCCAGAUGCGGACGAGGCGCACGUUGCGGGGCCACCUGGCGAAAAUCUAUGCCAUGCACUGGGGGACAGACUCCAGGCUGCUUGUGAGUGCCUCCCAAGACGGCAAGUUGAUUAUUUGGGACAGCUACACCACAAAUAAGGUUCACGCCAUCCCGCUGAGGUCGUCGUGGGUGAUGACCUGUGCCUACGCACCUUCCGGAAACUACGUGGCUUGCGGGGGCCUCGACAACAUCUGUUCCAUCUACAGCCUCAUCACCCGGGAGGGGAACGUCCGCGUCAGUCGGGAGCUACCGGGACACACGGGGUAUCUUUCGUGCUGCCGCUUCCUGAAUGACAACCAGAUCAUUACCAGCUCCGGAGACACUACCUGUGCUCUGUGGGACAUUGAAACAGGCCAGCAGACCACGGCAUUCACGGGCCACAGCGGAGACGUCAUGUCUUUGUCCCUGUCCCCCGACAUGCGCUGCUUUGUCUCGGGCGCCUGCGAUGCUUCCAUCAAGCUGUGGGACAUCCGGGACAGCAUGUGUCGGCAGACCUUCACGGGGCAUGAGUCGGAUAUCAAUGCCGUCUGCUUUUUCCCCAAUGGAAACGCCUUCACGACGGGCUCAGACGAUGCCACCUGCCGCCUCUUUGACCUGCGUGCCGACCAGGAACUGAUGAUGUACUCGCACGACAACAUCAUCUGCGGCAUCACCUCGGUAGCCUUCUCGCGGAGCGGCCGCCUCCUCUUGGCCGGCUACGAUGACUUCAACUGCAACAUCUGGGACUCCAUGAAGGGCGAUCGCGCAGGGGUCCUGGCUGGCCACGACAACCGGGUCAGCUGCCUGGGUGUGACGGACGACGGCAUGGCAGUAGCAACCGGCUCCUGGGACAGCUUCUUGAAAGUGUGGAACUGACCUUCCUUGCCCAUCCCACCUUUUGGAGGGGGGGGGGAGUGGGAAGCCCGCAGACGGUUGCUUCGUAUUCCCCUAAUGCAGCCUCUGCCCUCCCUGCUGGGGGGGGGGGGGCCUGUGGCCUUCACUCUUCUGCCCCUCCCCCCAACACUUUUCUCUCUUCUGAUUUAAAAUGCCCUGACCAAACCGGCUUCUCUCUGGAAGCAGAAUGGGAGGUGGUUGGGAGAGGCUGGCUGCCUUCAGCAGUGCCCCCCAAGGGUGGGGGGGGGGGCGGAGCCUGGCCCUCACCUUUUCAGCCUGAAGAAGAAGUGGUAAAGGGGGGAAAGGAAUUUGAACUCUUUCCUCUCUGCACCCCUCCCCACCACCUCUUCUGUCACCAGGCUGGGGCUUCUCCCCUCAGGCCAUUGGGUGGGGUGGGGGGAGCACGGGUGUAAAACCUUUCAUGUGCCAACCUCUGUGUCCCCUCCCCCACUGUGGUGCUUCGGGAUUUUGUGGUAGCAACGGUGAAAGGGGGGGCUUGUCUUUGGCCAUGCUUCUGGCCUUUCCCAGGCCAUGGGAGGGGUUGUAGCUGGCCCCCCAGCUCCGGCAGGUCUGUGUGUAACCUGUAAACUACAGAAACCAA